GCGCCCGCAGCUGCGGCGCUAACGCACAAAGGCAGCGUUUCCAGCGAGGGGGAGAAUGGGAGCCCGGCUGCAGCAUUUCCUUCGCCGCUACAGCAGCGGACUGGAAGAAGCGGAGAGUUUUGCCCCCUGGAAAACUGGAUUCUGAAUCGUGAGAGGCUUUGAACUCCACCCCCCCCAAUAAACCAAAAAACAUAAAAACACACAAAAAAAMCCCAAACCCUUUGACUUCUUCUCUCAGCAGGAGGGGGAGGGAGGGCGGAUUUACCAUGAAGACAAAUCGAAGAUGCAGAGCCCUGCUAGCAGUGAGUCUGAAUCUGAUGGCUCUCCUCUUCUCCACGACAGCUUUUAUCACGACCCACUGGUGCGAGGGCACGCAGAGGGUCCCCAAGCCGAGCUGCGGGAAAGAGAAGAAGACGAACUGCCUCAACUACAGUGGCAAUGAGACUGCCAAUGAGACAAACCAGAACGUGGUUCACUACAGCUGGGAGACGGGAGAUGACCGCUUCCUCUUCAGGUAUUUCCACACCGGAAUCUGGUACUCCUGUGAGGAAAAUAUCAAUGCUGCCGGUGAAAAAUGUCGAAGUUUUAUCGACCUUGCCCCAGCUUCUGAAAAAGGUAAGACAAACACAGUCAAGGCUUCUUCCCUUUUCGCGCUCUCAUCUGUAUUGUCCUUGUCAUACUGCAGUGCCAGGGGAGACACCUUCAAGCACACAGAACCUGCAUGUCAUCCGGAUUACAACCGCCAGCUGAAACUAGUGCCAAGAGUUUAA